AUGCCAGGGAUAACGCAGAGGUAUAAUAAUUUUAGCGAUAAUAAUAAUGUUUAUCAGAAUCCAUUGGCGGGGAGUGGACCGGUGUCGUUUCCUGUCUUGAAUAGACGGUUAGUUUUUGGAGGUCAGGGUUACAGGAUCUGGUCAGACCAUGGUGAUGAUGUGAGCUGCAAUCAUCUCCAGAAGUUUUGGAGUGAUCUGGCGCCGCAAGCGCGGCAGGAGCUCUUGAGGAUUGACAAGCAAACAUUCUUUGAGCAAGCUCGUAAGAACAUGUACUGCUCUAGAUGCAAUGGAUUGUUGCUUGAAGGUUUUUUGCAGAUUGUCAUGUAUGGGAAGUCCAUACAGCAGGAUGUUGUAGGUGGAAAUUGCAGUAUAAGAGCCAACAAAAGUGACAGUGACUUAUAUAUUACUGAUGGGCACCUAGAUGAUGCUCAAGACCCAUCUAUACUCACAUGGGGAGGAUUAACAGCGGCUCGAGACGGGACACUUACCCUUUUGGAUUGUUAUCUUUAUUCAAAAUCUUUGAAUGGCCUCCAAAAUGUCUUCAACAGUGCACGUGCACGGGAAAGGGAACGUGAGUUGCUUUAUCCUGAUGCAUGUGGAGGGGGUGGUCGAGGAUGGAUUAGCCAAGCAAUGGCAGGAUAUGGAAGAGCGCAUGGAACAAGGGAAACAUGUGCUCUUCACACUGCCAGGUUGCCAGUGGAGACGUUGGUGGAUUUUUGGUCGGCACUUGGGGAAGAGACUCACCAGUCACUUCUGAAGAUGAAGGAAGAAGAUUUUAUUGAAAGGCUCAUGUAUAGGUUUGAUAGCAAGAGCUUUUGUAGAGAUUGCCGAAGAAACGUUAUAAAAGAGUUCAAGGAGCUGAAGGAACUAAAACGCACGCGGAGGGAAACUCGUUGCACAAGUUGGUUUUGUGUAGCAGACACAGCCUUCCAAUAUGAGGUUUCUUAUGACACAGUUCAAGCCGAUUGGCAUCAAACAUUUUUAGAUGCAUUUGGAUCAUAUCAUCACUUUGAAUGGGCAAUUGGAAGUGGAGAAGGAAAAUCUGAUAUCUUGGAGUUUGAAAAUGUUGGACUGAGUGGAAGAGUUCAAGCGAGUGGUCUAAAUCUUAGUGGCUUGCAUGUGUGUUAUAUAACUCUACGGGCCUGGAAAAUGGAUGGACGCUGCUCUGAACUUUGUGUGAAAGCUCAUGCUUUGAGAGGUCAACAAUGCGUUCAUUGCAGGCUUUUUGUUGGAGAUGGUUUUGUUACAAUUACGAGUGGGGAAAGCAUCAAAACGUUCUUCGAGCAUGCGGAGGAGGCCGAAGAAGAAGAGGAUGAUGAUUCCAUGGACAAGGAUGGAAAUGACUUCGAUAGUGAGUGCUCCCGUCCUCAGAAACAUGCAAAGAGUCCUGAACUUGCUAGAGAUUUCCUUCUAGAUGCUGCAACUGUAAUAUUCAAGGAACAGGUUGAAAAGGCCUUUAGAGAAGGAACUGCGCGGCAGAAUGCCCACAGCAUUUUUGUGUGCCUUGCUUUGAAGUUGCUGGAAGAACGCGUUCAUGUAGCAUGCAAGGAAAUCAUUACCUUAGAAAAGCAGAUUAAACUUCUUGAAGAAGAAGAAAAGGAAAAGCGUGAAGAAGAAGAACGAAAGGUGCGCCGAAGAACAAAAGAGAGGGAGAAAAAGCUCCGAAGAAAGGAAAGAUUAAGAGAGAAGGAAAACAAGGAGGAGAAAUGUGCUGAAUCAAAUCAAGAUCCUGUAGUUCCUGAUGUUUCGAAGGAGGAACCAACGCUCACUGUUGAUGAAAAUUCAAAUGCAGUCAGAAGCAAAGAUUUUGUCAGUGAAACCGGUGAACCUAUUUCAUCCAGCCCUUUGUCUCCAGAUAUUCAAGAUGGCCAGUUUUUGAAGGAUAUAAUAUAUUCAAAUACGGAAAACCAUGCAGAAGACAGUCCUGAUGGGGAAUUCGGCAAUAUGAGAGAUUGGAACUGCUCUUUCCCGCACAAUCACAUCAAAUAUUCUUGCAGGAAGCCUAAGUUUAAAAAAGACCCCCAACAGGAUUUGAACUUAAAAUGGUCAGGUGGGAGAAAAAGUACCCUUGUAACAGAGUUUGGGGGUACUGUUAGCAAAUAUGAAUCAAGAUAUCAUGACGAUGGCUUUGAUGUUAGAAAUAAUGCUUCAAAGAACAAUAGAAAUGUUGGCCCAAAAUUUAGUGAACAGUUUCAGGGUACUAGAAGUAGGAUAGGUGACAGAUUUGAUUCACGUGCUCGCAGCUGUGACCAUCGUGAUGAUUACAGAGCAAGGCCCGAAUCACAUAUUACAAGAGUCAGGGACCCUAAAUAUGUGAAUAAGUUGGAGGUCUCUGGUAUGUCAAAACCAUAUUAUCGUGGACACAAGUACAACCAAGUCGAGUGUUCACAUGAGAUGAGUGGACGACCUAAAAGCAAAAUUAUAGCUGGUAACACUUCACCUAACAUUAAGCAAGUUUGGGAACCAUUGGAUUCACGGAAGAAAUACAUCCGAAGCAAUUCAGAUUCUGAUGUUACCUCAAUAUCUACUUUCAAAGUUGAAGGUGCUGAAUCCGACUUCCUCCCUGAAUUACCUGUUGCCAUUCAGUCUGACGAAAUGACUAGUAUUUCUGUACCAACCAACCGCGAGGAUAAUGGUUUGCAAGAUUCAAUGAAGUCUAGGACUGAAAAUGGCAGAAAAGGACAAAAUGGAUUUCAGUCAGUGGCAAAGUUCCAGCAAUACUCAGAGGAUGUAGCAGAAGAGGAUGGCAAGUUAUGUUCUUCGACAAUAUCUUUACAUGGAGCGUUAGGUUCAUCAAUAGGUAGCUCUUCUAACUCCGACAACUGCUCCUCCUGCCUCAGUGAGGAAGACUGCAACACAUCCUCUUCAAACAAUCCAAUCUUGGACUCAUCAACCACAUCAGAUUCAGAUGAGGCCAGCCAAAGUUCAGAGGGGAUAGAAAGUUCGCAUUGUCUUGAAAAUGUCUACACCAAGUCUCAUAGAGUUGUGAUGGAGCCAAGGCAAAGCAUGGAGAGGGGGGAUGACACCCUUAGCCAGACACUUGAAUGUGAUGGAACCAAUUCUUUGGGGAAUUUGACUAUGAAAGCCACUUCAUAUUGUGAUAAUGGGAGAUCAAAUGUCAGUGCGGGUGCCCAGCCUCCAUCUUUGCUUCCACAAUUCCACAAUAAAAGCAUACACUGUCCAAUGUUCCAGGCACCAACAAUGCCUUAUUGCCAUCAGAGUCCAGUUUCUUGGCCAGCUACAAAUGGAAUGAUGUCCUUCCCCCACCACAGCCACUAUUUAGUUGCUAGCCCUUUUGGAUACGGUCUGGAUGGAAAUGCACUGCUUAUGCAGUACGGAGCCUUACAGCAUCUGGCUCCACCUUUACUCAAUUCUGCUCAGUUGCCUUUUUUCCAGCCAGCUGCUCAUGUUAAUGGCAUUGGAACAGAGUGCGCCAAGGUUCCGAAUCUAGAUGUGCUAAAAGAAGGUGAACAUGGAUCUAAUAUACAGAAGGUAGCACCAACUAUUAAGCAGUGUCUGAAUUCUGAAACAUCAGAAAUGGGAAAUACAAGCUUCUCUCUUUUCCACUUUGGUGGCCCUGUAGCUCUUUCGGCAGGAUAUAAAUUGGAUGGUGACUCUUUGAAAGAAGUUAUUGCAGGGGACAUUUCUCCAAAUUUAUCUGCGAACCAACCCGAUGCUCACGAUGCGUGCAUUUGCAUGGCAAGAAGUGAUGAGAACGAACAUAGAGUUAGUCACGAUCAACGAUUUGAGGGUCUGAUAAGUACCCUUUCCGUUACUGAGGAGCGCGUGGGUAGGAGGUUUAGAGAAUUGAUGUUGGCUGAAGACCCAGACCCCUCUGAAUUUUGA